UCGGUACCUUACUAUAUAUGUCACUAUCUAUAUUUAUGUAUUGCCUUGUCCAUUUGUACGAUUGUAAACUAGUGGCUAAAUUAUGAUGGAUUGUCGAUUCCUGAUUCAAUUCUCUUCAAUUAGAGCAGUUUCAAAAUUUAGAAAUACUAUAAGUAUGAAUUUCUGACCAAGUACCCCUUACUGGAAGAAAACAUAUUAGGCAAAACUCCUAGAAAGUGCUCAUCUUGAGGAUGGGAUUUGUGGACUUGUUCGUUGUAGCAUUAGUGCCUGUUCUUAAAACACUUAUAAUUACUGGUGUUGGCUUAUUCCUUGCUCUCAAACGUGUCAAUCUCCUUGGCUCUACUGCUAGGCACCAUUUGAACAAUCUUGUGUUUUAUAUUUUUACUCCUGCGCUGGUGGCUAGCAGCUUGGCUGAGACAGUAACAUCGAGCAACAUUGUCUCAUUAUGGUUCAUGCCUGUAAACAUCCUUCUCACAUUUAUCAUUGGUUCAGCACUUGGAUGGAUACUUGUGAAAAUCACAAGAACUCCCAUAGAACUCCAUGGCCUUGUUAUUAGUUGCUGUGCUGCAGGGAAUUUGGGGAACUUGCUUCUCAUCAUAAUUCCUGCAGUUUGUGAGGAGAAGAAUAGUCCAUUUGGAGAUACAGUUACAUGCUUCACAAAUGGAAAGGCAUAUGCGUCACUAUCUAUGGCGAUAGGAGCAGUGUAUAUAUGGACAUAUAUCUAUAACAUCAUUCGAGCAUCUGAAACACAACAUAAUACAACAACCGUCGACAUAGAGAAUUCUGGAGAAGUUCCAAAAGUAUUGUCCGAAAGCUGUACAAAACCUUUACCUCCAAAGGAUAGCCUACAAUCUGAUAUAGACCAUGAAGCUCAACUUGCAGUACCUCUCAUUGGAUAUGAAACCGCAGAUGAUCAGGGACAUGUUGUGAAAAAGAUCAAAAACCAUAUCAAAAUAUGGACGCAGAGGAUCAAUUUCAAAAUGUUGUUUGCACCAUCAACAAUUGCUACGAUGGUUGGGAUCUUGAUUGGUGUAUCGUCCUUGCUAAAAAAGAUAAUGAUUGGAAAUGAGGCUCCAUUGCAUGUGAUUGAUAGCUCUGCAUCUAUGCUUGGAGAAGCUGCAAUACCAGCCAUGACAUUAAUAGUUGGAGCAAAUCUUCUUAAAGGACUGAAAAAAUCAGCAGUAGGUAUGUGGGUUGUGAUAGGAAUUCAAGUAAUACGUUAUGUGGCGUUGCCACUAUCUGGAAUUUGUGUUGUCAAAGCAGCACAACAUUUAGGGUUGGUUGGAUCAGAUUCCUUAUAUCAGUUUGUACUUCUCUUGCAAUAUGCACUUCCCUCUGCCAUGACUAUAGGUACAAUCACACAGUUGUUUGAAGUUGGUGAAAGUGAAUGCUCAGUGAUUAUGCUAUGGAAUUAUGCACUGGCAUCUAUUGCUCUUACUCUAUGGACGACUUACUACAUGUGGAUUUUAUCUUGAGCUUAUGUACAAAUUAAAUAUAUCAUGUCAUCUAAUAUUAUAAUAGCGUAUUAUAAUUCAUACUCAAGAAACCCCAACCCCAAAAUAUCAAGGCUCAAACAAGAAUAAAAUAGGCGUCGAAAGAAAAAAAAUAAUGUAAUUUAAGGGGUAUAAUGAAGGGGUUCUUGUAAAUUUUGUACUGAUUGCUUCGAUUUUGAUGUUAAGAGUGUUUAGAUUUAUAACAUUUGCCAAAGAGGCAAUGAGCA